UACGAAUCAGACGUCAACCAUUAACUACUAGAAUUGACAGCGUCUAUCAGCUAUUCACAAAAUAUAACCAGGUUAACCCAGAACAACCAAGUUACGUAUAACGGAACCUGAGCCACCUAUACGAAACCGGUGACUGAAAUUCAAGUGAAGACUGAACUUUGAACCCACAGUCAAUUCAUCCUGAAGCUUUGACUAACUCUAUCCCAAACUGUGGGUAAUUUUUAUUCAUACGACCAAUUCAAUUUGACACUAUCAUAGAAUUCACAGAUGAACUCCGUCAGCCCCAAGGACCAAACUCCCAUUGAAACUACGGGCCAGCAUACUUCCACGGACGGUCCAGAAGACCUCUCGGAGCUUGACAUUGCGGACAACUUGGUCGAUGACGUGCAUUUCGACUACGCGAAGAAGCCCAAAAAGAAAAAGAAAAAGAAGAAAGAGCACAACUACGGCACCGCGCACGUGGACAUCCACAACCCAUCAGAAGAGUACCCCGAGGAGCGCGUGAUCUACGCAGACAAGUCCGGGAGUGUGGUGGUGGAGCACAUGAAGAAGCCGCGUGCGCGCACGUUACCGACACCCGCAAAGAAGCAAGCGCUUGACCAGAAUGCGGUGCGGCAGUUCUGGUUUGCGCUCGCGCCGUCGCAGAAGCGUGUGAUUCUUCGGGUCGAGAAGGGCACCAUCCUCCAGAGCAUGCGUGCAGCUGAGAAGUAUAACUGCAACUGUGCCGCAUGUGGACGCAAGCGUGACGUGGUGGAGACCGAGUUGGAACGCAUCUUCAACUUGUACUACCCGGCUUUCGCGGUGUCAGAUGCGCACUUGGAGACGUUUUUUCCGUUUGAAACGUCGCUCACGCCACCCGAUAUGAGCGAUGCCGCGUGCACAGACGUACGCCCCCAGACGCUCUACGACACACCCCUCUCGCCCAGCAACGACGGCAUUAUGACUGUUGCCGACGACUUGCUCAAGAAUAACGGUGAGAAGUUUAUCGGCAUGAUGGAGCGCCUCGCGGAGACACGCAUGGCGCGCGAUGCGGACCCCGUGGCGAGCGACGAAGAGUAUGAGGAGUACGACGACGACUACUGCGAUGAAUACGAAGAAGACGAGUACGAUGAGCGCGAGCGUAUCGAGCAGGGCCUCCGGAUGAUCCAGUUGUACACCGACCGCAUGAUCUAUAAGCGCAUCGUUGAGGCUUACCGCAAUCACCAGGCAGACCUCGAGGCAAACGCAUUGAUCGACGACCUCGCGCGCGAGGAGAAGCGCCGCGAGGAGGCCAAGGAAAAGAAGAAAAAAAAAGAGGAGGAAAAGAAGGUUAAGCGCAAGGCCGAGCGCGAGGCGAAGGAGCAGGAGCGUGCGCGCAAGGAGCAGGAGAUUGCCGAGAAAGCGCGCGCGAAGGAAGAGGAGGGGCGCCGCAAGACGGAGGAGGCGCGCCAGCGGCGCGAAGAAGCCAAGCGCGCCAAGGCCGAGGAGGACCGGCUACGCAUCGAGAAGCGAUUGGACGAGGUCCGGCGUAAGGAGGAGGUCCGGUUGCAGGAGGAGGCACGGAAGCGUGAAGAGCAGUGGGCCGCAGAGACAGAGGCGAAGGCAGCUGCAGCGGUAGAGGCAGAGACCAGGCGAGUGGCAGAGGUGGAGGCCAGGCGAGUGGUAGAGGUGGAGGCCAGGCGAGUGGCAGAGGUGGAGUCUAGGCGAGCAAUCGAAGCGCAGAGUGCUCGUGAUGAGGAACUCCGAAUCAAGGAAACCGUCCGCGAGGGUCUCGGUAGAGCUGAUCCGUUUCAGGACAUUUCUGCCUUUUCCGAGCAAUUACCAGGUAACUGGCAACAGCUGCAACAGCCGCAACAGUUUGCCGGCAAUUCAUUGUGGAGCAGUGCCCCGGGAACUCAACCUAGUCCGUUCCCAAAUACUAGUUACGCCAGUAACUCAAGUUUUACUCAGAAUACGGGAACCUCUGGCUUCACACAGAGUGCAGGCUACACGACCGCUGCGUACCCCCAGGGCUCAACUUCUUUCUCCACUCUUCCUUUCCCCGGUUACAACUAUGCCUCCGGAUCCGAGCUUAGCUCCUUUUCCGCGUACGACUUGCCCAACCAUAGCGCGGGAUCCGAAAACGUGUCCAGCAAGCUCGGCUCGUUGUCGCUUGGAGCUAGACAACGUAGCUCUGUAGCGUCACUGGGUAUCUUUGAGUUGAACUCGCUGAUGGCCGCCAGCGGGAACUUGUACAACAGCAAUAUCUGGGGCCUGUCGUUUGCACAGCCGCCUACCCUUGCCCAAUCAUCCACGCUCUCCCAACUGCAAGCGUUCGCGCAAACGCCAGCGUUUUCGCAGCCGCAGACUUUCACACAACCGCCGGAAAGGUUCUACCGCGAGGAAGACUUUGCCCAGGCGGUGCGCUUGGAGGCUACUCAGGCGUUUUCUGCGUUUGGCUCGGGUGCCGUCAAGGCCACCGCGCUUUACAACGCUGUGACAGCUACACAAAACCCUCGUGUCCACGGGUUGGACUUGAACAGCUUCAUAAAGAUCAUGAUGGGCAGUGAUGGCUUUGAUAUCAACUACGACGCGGAGGGCUGUGGGGUUGUCACCUUGGCCGGAAAUUGGUCGGCACAGUCCACCGGUGUGCCUACAAAUGCGAUGUACGAAAGGGGGUAUAACGGCACAUGGUAAAGUGUAACCAGGGCCUAGACUUGUGCUACUGUGUAAGUUAUCAUUACAGAUAAUGUAAUACGUAAAUCUUAUAAAUGUGUAAC